CUUUUCUAAUUUAAAAAAUAAAAGCACCGUCGUCCCCGCCACACACACACUAUACACACAACUUCGAAACCCUAGAAUCAAUAUCAAUCAAAGAAGAAGAAGUAGAAUCAAAAGAUGCCUCGUGAAAUCAUAACGCUUCAAGUAGGACAAUGCGGCAACCAGAUCGGAAUGGAGUUCUGGAAACAACUUUGUUUGGAGCACGGUAUCUCUAAAGACGGUAUACUCGAAGAUUUCGCUACUCAGGGAGGUGACAGAAAAGAUGUGUUUUUCUAUCAAGCUGAUGAUCAACACUACAUACCAAGAGCAUUGCUAAUGGAUUUGGAGCCCAGGGUGAUUAAUGGGAUCCAAACUGGUGAAUACAGAAAUCUUUAUAAUCACGAGAAUAUAUUUACUUCAAAAGAAGGAGGGGGUGCAGGAAACAAUUGGGCCAGUGGAUAUCAUCAGGGUAAGAGUUUUGAGGAGGAUUUGAUGGACAUGAUCGACAGAGAAGCGGAUGGAAGCGAUAGUCUUGAAGGAUUCGUUUUAUGUCAUUCGAUUGCUGGAGGAACUGGCUCAGGCAUGGGCUCGUACCUUUUGGAGACUUUAAACGAUCGUUACAGCAAGAAACUUGUUCAAACAUACAGUGUGUUUCCUAAUCAGAACGAGAUAAGUGAUGUGGUGGUCCAGCCAUACAACUCCCUUUUGACUCUCAAACGACUUACACUUAAUGCUGACUGUGUUGUUGUUCUUGAUAACACUGCACUAAAUAGAAUUGCUGUAGAACGCUUGCAUAUACAAAAUCCUUCUGUUUCUCAGACCAAUUCUUUAGUUUCGACUGUAAUGUCCGCCAGUACAACCACCCUGCGGUAUCCUGGAUAUAUGAACAAUGAUUUGGUCGGCCUUCUUGCUUCUUUGAUCCCGACCCCGCGGUGUCACUUUCUUAUGACAGGGUAUACACCACUGACAGUAGAGCGCCAGGCUAAUAUGAUUCGUAAAACAACUGUACUGGAUGUGAUGAGAAGACUUCUCCAGACAAAGAAUAUCAUGGUUUCAUCACAUGCUAGAACAAAAGAAGCCAGUCAGGCUAAAUAUAUAUCAAUCCUAAACAUUAUUCAGGGAGAAGUUGAUCCUACCCAGGUACAUGAUAGUUUGCAGCGUAUACGUGAAAGAAAGCUUGUUAAUUUCAUUGAGUGGGGCCCUGCUAGCAUUCAGGUUGCUCUCUCGAGAAAGUCACCGUAUGUUCAAACUGCCCACAGGGUCAGUGGGCUCAUGUUGGCAAGUUAUACCGGAAUUCGACAUUUAUUCUCAAAAUGCUUGAGUCAGUACUCUCUCUUAAGAAAGCGACAGGCGUUUCUCGACAAAUACAGGGAUUUCCCAAUGUUUAGUGACAACGAUCUAUCGGAAUUUGAUGAGGCGAGGGACAUUAUUGAGAGUUUGGUUGAUGAAUAUAAGGCUUGUGAAUCCCCAGAUUAUAUAAAAUGGGGAAUGGAGGAUCCUGAUCAUAUCCUAACAGGAGAAGGAAAUGCCACAGGGACAGUUGAUCCCAAGUUAGCAAUGUGAAGUGGCCAAGGCCUAAAGAGUUUGGUUUUUUGCUUACUACAUGGUGAUGGUGUGCAUCGGACGGAAUUAAGAUUGUAAAUUUGGUGUGUAUUGUGUUAGAAAUUAUGAUUGUAUUUGUCGGUUAGUAAACGUGUUGUUGAAGUGUGAUUUUGAUGACGUCGUGAAUUAGUUUAAGAAGCAUUGAAAGGUUGUACAGACUACAAACUCGAAUACCCUGUACACGGUAGGUUGGAUUUGACAUACAUAGUCAUGUCCAUGCAUCUUCUUAUAGUCGUGAAUCUCCUUUUACUCGCGUA